GCGUGUCUGUGAGAUGAAGCAGAUUACAAAGAUGCUGGAACUUCCUCAAGCCCUUCAAUCCACUGUAGAAAGAGACAGCAAAGUUAAGCCCAUCGCAGAUCCUGCCCUGUCUACGUCACUGGGGAAAGUGGGAAGCACACAGGGCUGAAGACGCGAUGAACAAGAAGUUCAACAUGCAGCAGAAAAGUGGGCGAGGAGCGGCGCAGGAAAUGAGGUGCAGUCUUGGCUUCGUCUAUAUCUUCUCCUACUAUUUACUCCAGUUCUGUGGACACACAUGGAUCUUCUCCAACAUGACCGCCAGAUUUCUCUCGUUUGGAUUCGAUGCUUUAGCUGGCACCUUUUAUUUUGUGGGUGUGAUGAUGAGCCUGUGCCAGCUUCUGUCAGUGCUGGAGCUUUUCCACAUUGCAGACGGAAUAGAAGAGUGUCAGCUCUUUCCUCGACUUGUCCAGGUGGUUGAGAGAAAUUUCCUUUUAUUCCUAAUCAUCAGUCAAGAGGAGUUUCAGAGUAAAACAGUAGUGUGUGUGCUGUUUUAUCUGUGGAAUAUUUUACACCUGGUGAGGUACCCAUAUCAACUGAUGUGCCUCAUUAGCACACCAUCAUUCAAUAUGUUGUGGGCACGGUACACCCUCACCAUCCCAGUCUACAUACUGUCUGUGAUCACAGAAGGAAUCAGUAUUUUACAGGUGUUGCCAUAUUACGAGUCGCAAGGCACAAAUUCUGUCUGUGUACCUUUCCCAUACCUGCUAUUGGCUUACCUUCCUGUGUUGGCAGCAGGUUCUGGAUUAACAGUACGAAUCUUACUAAGAGAAAGGAGUCAGGCUCUGGACAGCUGGAAUAGGAAGACAAAGCAGGGCUAAGUGAAGAGGAAAUUUAUUCCACUUCUCCAAGGACAUGACAAGUGAAAAGGACACGACUCCAGAAUACUCAGCAUCAUUUACAUAUUUUUUGGCAUUUAAGACUGGAAGGAUAUGCAUA